AUAAAAUCCCAGGGUUGCUAAGAGAGGGCCCAGACCAAAGAAGGUUUGGUGGAAAGCAGAACCUUGGUCUCCAACUAACUGCUCCUAAGCCUCACGCUCCCUUGCCCUGCGCGUUCUGUUGCUUCCCUGAUUGACUUUCUCUGUGACCUGUAGCUAAACCUUCCACCAGCGCUUGAGAACUUAAUUUGAACCGGAUCCUUUCCCAGACCCCUUUCUCCUCCUCCUCCUCCUCCUCUUCCACCUCCAGGUGCCCAACAGCCCCCUUCUCCUCCUUUCCCUUCCCUUCCCUUCCCUUCCCUCCCCUCCCCCUUCCCUCCACCUCCCCGUCCCCAUCCCCUUCCCUCCCCCCGCCCUAAGCCACCCCCGCCUCUGUCCUGGCCGCCUCAGGGCGCCCUGAGAGGACCAGGACAUGCCGGUGUGGUGGCUGCUCUUUUGGCUCCUCCUGCUGGGAUUUAUCAGCCAUCACCCCACCUAUGUUAUCAAUUCUCCACCUGAUCAUUUUCAUCCUGGGACUGACUUUUGUGGAAUUCCUUGGAUAGUUAUCAUUAUUGUGUUUCUGGGAAUUUCUACACUUGCUAUUUUCCUCUGGAAAACUAGCCUUUGUGUGUCUUUCCUCAAGACUGUCUUAAAGUCACAAAAUGUACAUGACGGAUCCACGGAUGUACAGCGGAAAGCCUGGAGGUCCAAUAGCCAUAGCCAGGAAGGAAUUAAAAUUGGCCUGGAAGAUCUCUUUACUUCACAGAGACAUAUGGAAGCCAAAGUUCGAGCUGAAGUCCAUAAGGUGACAAGGAAUGUCAACAGUCAUUACAAAAUCAAUGGACAUAGGAAGACUGCCAAAAAAAAGAAACUGUUUCAACGCAUGCAAGAGUUGCGGCGGCGGGCACAGGACUACUACAGAUGCAAAAUCACCCCUUCUGCAAGAAAGCCUCUUGCCAACUCAGUAAGUUUGUUUGUUUUCCUUCCUUUUGGACAUAGUCUGCCAGGUCAGGACAUGGAUGUAUUUUUCUCCCCACAGCUCUGUGCUCAAGCCUUGCAAAGGGGGAAGGCAGAGAGGAAGGCUGCCUACAAGCAGCACAGGUGUCAAAUGAGGCAAAAGAAGAGAGUCCCAGAGAGACACAUGAGUCAGGAGCCAGUCCAGGGACGACUGGGCCUAGAGAACCCUUUCUCGAUGGCAGAUUCAGGACCUCAUUCGGUUCCCAUGAGGAACAGCAACGGCGUCCCAGCUGAAAACACAGAGAAGACAAAGGUCAGGAUGGUGGCAGUGGAGCACCAUCAUUCCUCAGGAUUGCGCUACCGGCCCUACCUCCCGGCUGAAACUUUAAGAAAAAGGAUAGGCCGCAAGCCACCUCCUCCUAUUCAGUGUGAUCUAAGAGGUCAACCACGUCCAUCAGUUAAAGGAUGUCUGAGACCGCUGACUCUUUCUCGACUACAGUGUCCACUAGGACCUCAACCACAUUCUACAACUGAUGAUUUUCUGAGAAGAGAGACACCUCAAGACGAGUGUGCCCUGGGACCUGAUCCACUUCCUCGAGCUGAUGAUUUUCCGAGACUCAAGACACCUCCCGAGGGUCUUUUCAUACCAAUUUCCCCUUCUCCAGUUGAUGAUUCUCUGAGCCUCAAGACACCUCCCGAGUGUCUUCUGGUACCCCUUCCACCUUCUCCAGUUGAUGAUUUUCUCACACCACAGGCACCUCCCAUCAAGCGUCGUCGCCUGGGACCUGUAGCAUUUCCUCGAGCUGAUGAUUUUAGGAGACCCAAGGAACCUCCUGACUGUUUUUUUGCACGCCUUCCACCUUCUCCAGUUGAUGAUUCUCUGAGCCUGAAGACACCUCCCGAGUGUCUUCUGGUACCCCUUCCACCUCCAGUUGAUGAUUUUCUCACACCACAGGCACCUCCCAUCAAGCGUCGUCGCCUGGGACCUGUAGCAUUUCCUCGAGCUGAUGAUCUUAGGAGACCCAAGGAACCUCCCGACUGUUUUUUCGUACCACUUCCACCUUCUCCAGUUGAUGAUUCUCUGAGCCCCAAGACACCUCCCGAGUGUCUUCUGGUACCCCUUCCACCUCCAGUUGAUGAUUUUCUCACACCACAGGCACCUCCCAUCAAGCGUCGUCGCCUGGGACCUGUAGCAUUUCUUCGAGCUGAUGAUUUUAGGAGACCCAAGGAACCUCCUGACUGUUUUUUUGCACGCCUUCCACCUUCUCCAGUUGAUGAUUCUCUGAGCCUGAAGACACCUCCCGAGUGUCUUCUGGUACCGCUUCCACCUCCAGUUGAUGAUUUUCUCACACCACAGGCACCUCCCAUCAAGCGUCGUCGCCUGGGACCUGUAGCAUUUCCUUGAGCUGAUGAUUUUAGGAGACCCAAGGAACCUCCCGAGUGUCUUUCCGCACCCCUUCCACCUUCUCCAGUUGAUGAUUCUCUGAGCCUGAAGACACCUCCUGAGUGUCUUCUGGUACCCCUUCCACCUUCUCCAGUUGAUGAUUUUCUCACACCACAGGCACCUCCCAUUGAGCGUCGCCUGGGACCUGUAGCAUUUCCUCAAGCUGAUGAUUUUAGGAGACCCAAGGAACCUCCUGAGUGUUUUUUCGCACCCCUUCCACCUUCUCCAGUUGAUGAUUCUCUGAGCCUCAAGACACCUCCCAAGUGUCUUCUGGUACCUGUUCCACCUUCUCCAGUUGAUGAUUUUCUGAGACGACAAACACCUCCCGUCCAGUGUCACCUGAGACCUGUACCAUUUCAUCGAGCUGAUGAUAUCAGGAGACUCAAGAAACCUCCUGACUGUUUUGACUGUUUUUUGUUUUGUUUUGUUGUUUUUUUUUUUUUUUUUUUUUUAUUCUGUGGCAGGAAGGGGCCUGGUGUGUUGUUGAUUCAAUUUAUUGAUCAUUUUUACAACACAUAAAUUCAUUUAAGUAUUGAUUGUGCACCUAUCAUAUGAUACGCAUUUUUUCAUCACUCCCCCACUCCCAGAACCCUAAGUUUUUCUCACUGUUAGAACUGCUAGUUUAUUUGUAUUUCAGUCACUUUGACUAUAAACUCCUUUAGUGUAGGUGCUUAGAUUUUUUUCACUGCUUAGCCCCCAAUGCCUGUAUAGAGUAAGCUUUUUUUUUUUUUUUGUACCAAAUGCCCAAUGGCCAAUUUAUUCUGUUUCAAUAACAACUAGGCAUCAUUUUCAAAGGGCCAUAUACUGACAACAGACUGCCCAGAAAUUAUCUCCCUAUGUAGGAAAACUACAGAAGACAAGUUCUUAGACUUUUAAUGCCCAAUACAGUAGCCAUUAAUGACAGGUGACUACCGAGCCUUGAAAUGCGAUAGUCCAAAUUGAGAUGUGCUAUAAGCUUAAAUUACACACCACGUUUCAAAGCCAUAAGGCCAAAAACUGUGAAAUAGUCUAGUAAUUUUAUAUUUAUUAUAUAUUGAAAUGAUAUUUGGUAUUUUGGAUAUAUUGAGUUAAAUAAAAGUUAAAUUCACCUGUUUGGUUUUUUACUUUU